AACAUGCGUAAUUGUUUAUGACUUUGGACUUGGGAGCUAUUCCUACGCGGUUAUCAUCCUAGAUUUGGAUAUUCCUUGACUAUUUUCGUCUACUUGAUGAAAGAGUGGAAUAAAAGCUGUGAAAGUAAGUUUUCCCGUGGUGCAUAUUAAAAGCAUUAAACAUCAUUGACAUUUGCUGAGUUGUGCAAUCAAGAUAUUUUCUUCGGAAUAAAUCAUUUAUUUCACGGCUCCAGUAGUUACAUCCUCCACCACUUGGGGACUUGUUUAGAUCUGCCAAAACCCUGGAAAAAGAAGUUGUUCACACUAUCUUCUACAUAAUAUGGUGACAAGCAUGUGAGAUUGGAAAGCUUUAUUUAAUCAAAAGUUUCCUGUUCUGCGGCAGACGACACAUUUCUAACUUUCGAAAAUUCCCGAGAGGAUCCGAAAACGCAACAAGGCAACAUAGCACGUUCGAAGUUUCAGAGACGUUUCCUGUCAGCGGAAUUUAGCUGAAAAAUGUAUCGUUUUCUAUUUGUGAUAGAAAUAUAGUGUAUAGAUCGUGGAGAAUAUCUUCUCUGAUAUAGAUAUAAAGUUAUACAAUCGAGCAGAAAUUUUGCUAAAGCCACGGAGAGUUUUAUUUUUGUGUCAGCACGAGUUUGGUAUAUCGUUGUGUAAAAACAUCUAAAACUACCAUAAUGAAGGAUUUACAAAGAAAGAUUGUGGAAUUAAAAGACGUCAAGGAUGAAAAAAUGAUGAAACUAAAAAAUUUUAGGCCUACUAAUCCAUUCAAGAAAGGCUUUGAAGAAAAAGGAUUUGCAAAGUACGAUGAAUUGGACGAGGUGUACGGAGAAGUGGACGAGGAAGAGAUCAGAGAUGAUAAGCCACGUGGAAACUGCCCUAAAUGGUGCGCGAGGUGUCCAUUCGAUAAUGUGUCAUGGCUAUGUAGGUGCGAUUUCUGUGCCAGGAGAUACCAGAUGGCCAUACUCAGCAGCAUCGGUUUCAUGAUCUCAUUUGGUAUUCGCUGCAAUAUGGGCGUGGCUAUUGUCAGAAUGACUAAGAACGAAACGUACGACGAGAACGGUGAUGGACUGCUAAAUCAACCGGAGUUUACUUGGACUCCCGAGACAAUAGGCGUAGUGGACAGUUCCUUUUUCUGGGGUUAUAUAAUAACACAAGUUCCAGGUGGAUAUCUAGCAUCUAGGCUGCCAGCUUCGAGAAUUUUUGGGUUAGCCAUAGGCAUUUCGGCGUUCCUAAAUCUGUUCGUGCCCGGGGCUGCCCAGGUGCAUUAUGGUUUAGUCAUGGCUGUAAGAAUUCUUCAAGGUUUAGUUGAGGGUGUUACAUAUCCAGCUUGCCAUGGCAUUUGGAGUCACUGGGCCCCACCCUUAGAGCGAUCCAAACUGGCUACGACAGCAUUUUGUGGAUCCUAUGCCGGUGCUGUGAUAGGUAUGCCAUUGUCCGGUAUUCUCACCAAAAGUUUUGGAUGGCAGUCGGGAUUCUAUGUCUUUGGUGCUAUGGGUAUAACAUGGGCAAUUGUUUGGUGGUUUUUAGCAUUUGAUACACCAGGCCAUCAUCCUUACAUAACAGAACACGAACGUGUUUAUAUUGAAACAUGCAUUGGAGAAAACACAUCAGUCCUCAGUAAGGACAUGAAGACUCCAUGGACAAAAUUUUGUAGAUCUAUGCCCGUCAUUGCCAUCAUGGUGGCAAAUUUCUGUAGAAGUUGGACGUUCUAUCUCCUAAUCAUAGAGCAGCCAACUUAUUUCAAUGAAGUGUUCGACUUUGAUCUGUCAAAGAGUGGUAUUCUGUCCGCCCUGCCACAUCUGAUAAUGGCGAUAAUAGUUCCUAUAGGAGGAUUUAUUGCUGACUUUCUGCGUCGCCGAGGUAUCCUUUCCACAACGGUUGUACGGAAGAUCUUCAAUUGCGGAGGAUUCGGAAUGGAGGCUAUAUUUCUUCUGGGUGUUGGCUUUACACGAAACACGACUACAGCCAUUGUGUGUCUCACAUUGGCCGUCGGCUUCAGUGGUUUCGCCAUUUCAGGGUUCAAUGUUAACCAUUUAGAUAUUGCCCCACGUUAUGCCAGUAUAUUGAUGGGGUUCAGUAACGGGUUUGGAACAAUAGCCGGAAUGCUCUGUCCAAUUGUCACGGAAUCGUUGACAAAGAAAGGGACUGCGGACGACUGGGAGCGCGUGUUUAUUAUUGCAAGCUGUGUCCAUUUUGCUGGUGUCGCUUUUUAUGCUGUUUUUGCUUCUGGUGAAAAGCAGGAAUGGGCUGAUCCGCCGGAAGAUAACACAUGGAAACCCGAAGACACGCUCAAAGGAGACGACAAAUUAAAUUCAUACGGAAGCUUAAAUAAAGAAAGCUUUUCCAAACAAAACGGCACCAUACGCGGCAAAAAUGACGAGUACGGAUAUGACAGUUAUGAUAACCAGUAUGGUUAUGGAAACCAAAACGGGACAGUGCAACCAAAUGGUAGCGUAGUAAAUGACAGCGGGUACGGUUAUGAUGCUCCUGUCAGUUUCAACACAGACUACUUUACACAAUAUGCACAACCGACCUAUGAAACAAAAGAAGAGUUUGUCCAGAAACAGGCACGUGAACACGUGUACUACUCCGACGAUGAAAAAGAUAUAUGAUGAAGAUUACUUAGUCUAGACAACAGUUAACUCAUUUGUAAACAUCGGCAUAAUAUUGGAAUAUAAAAAAAUAAGUACUUUAAUGUUAACAACAUUUAGAUUCUUCUUUUGUAUCUUUAAAGGAUGCUGGGUAUUAUUUGUGUAAGUGUAGAGUCGGCUUCUUGUCGACAAAGGAAGAUAGAUACUAGUGGAUAAAAUUCUAAAACGUAAAUAUUAUUUUGCACUAUCAGGCUAGUUUCAUUACAGCCGUGACAAGUCUGUCGUCCAUUAAAUAUCGCUUAUAUUCCAGUGAUCCUCAUUUAGUCUGUGUUAUUUUCGAACUGUAUCUCUGCUGUAAUAAGGUUGUGUGUAUCUAUUUAAUUUUGUAGGGAAUAGUCUUAAUGCCGUUUUCACAUAUGAUUUCAAAAUGAGGUUUACUCUUAUUUUAUUUCACGACUAAUGCAAAAAGGACGUGUACGUUUAGAUGCUAAAUCAUGUCAUCAACAUGCUGAGCAAGAGAAAUGUAGCAGAUUCAAUCUGUGUACAUAUCGUUUGUCUUGAAUGCGGAGGAACAUCGAUAUGACUUUGUUUCUAGUGCUUUUGACGAGAUUCAACUGGUAUUGGACUCUAUUUUCCUGAAAAUUAAAUAAUCAACAGUUUCCGAUUUUAUUAAUCAUGACAUAAAUGCCGUUUUGACAUGUUUAAAGACUAUUCCCAGUAUCUUUAAAAAAGUUAAAUGAAGUAUAAUAAGUGUUAAAUGAAAAUUUUUUAUUCGUGUAAAGUUGAAAUAAUCUUUACGGGGUCUCUACUGGUUCAAAACGUUUCGGGGACUCUAGGAUUUUGCUUUUUUGACCGCACUUCCGUGUCCGAGCCAUGAUUUGUCAUUAAGGGACUUUAAUAUUAAUUGGCACAAAAGCGCAAAACCCAGAUCUCUAGCUUAAAGGUGAAGGUCACACAUGGAGGUCAAAGUUCUCCCAUCCUUUCUGUAACACGGCCAUCCAUCAAGGGGUUUUACUAUUACUUGGUUUAAAUGUUGCCCAUAUGAAAACAAUGUGUCAUGCACAACUUUCAGAUCCCUGGCGUAAAGGUCAAUGUAACACUUGGAGGUCACAGGUUUACACUGUAUUCUAGAAGUCUGCCAUCCAUUGAGGACUUACAAUAUUACUUAGCACAAAUAUUCCCCAUAAUGAAACAAGGUAUCAUGCACACAUGUGCAACACCAAAACGCUUAUGACAAAGGUCAAGGUCAAUGCAGAUGUCAAAGGUCAAUAGUAUUGUUUAGCUCAACCUUUCGAAGAAAUGGUAGAGCUAUUAGACUCGCUCAUUCGUCGGCGUCCCGAUUUAAUCAAGUUUUUUGUAUGCUGGUAUCUCAAUACCCGCUAAUGGGAAUGGAUUGAAACUUCAAACACAUGUUCACUGACAUGUCGCCACAGGCUUCGAAACUACACUUUUCGUUUAUACAGAAUUAUGAACCUUUUUCGUAUUCGUAUCUCAGUACCGACUGAUAGAAACAGAUUUAAACUUUACACUCUUAUCCACUGCAAUUAGCUGACAUGUCCAUACCUCUGUUUUACAUUUUUACAAAAUUAUGUCUCUUUUUCUUUUACUUUUAUUUCAUUCAGCUAUUUUGCUGGUCAAGGUUGUAGAAUACUUUGAGCGUUGCUGUUUACCGACAGCUCUUGUUUAUUUUUUUGUUGUACGGUUCAAAACGUCAUUAAGGGAUUUUAAUAUUAUUUUCGCACAUAUAUUCUCCAUAAUUAGACGACAUGUUAUUUGGAACACCCAGAGCCAUAACUCAAGGUCACACACGGUCAAAUCUCAGUAGGGAUUAUUCCUGUCCGUCCGUACUUGGCACAAAUUUUCCCCAUAAUGAGAUGAUGUGUCAUGUACAACAUGCAGGUCCCUGGCUUAAAACUCAAUGUCACACGUGGAGGUCAAAGGUCUACACUGACCUUUUCAUGUUUGGUCAGUAAAAUAUUUUAGGUCACUUUUCUUGUCAUGUCUGUAGCUUUUUCAUUAAUGCAUGCAUAUAGAAAUAUUCAACAUAACAAGCUCGUGUGUCAAAAGUGUUAGUAUAUUUUCUUCAGUAUAACUUCCGAUUUUUCUCUUUCCCCACCAAUUUAUAAACAAAAGAUUAAAACAUAUAAGAUAUGUUUUAUAUUUAUACAUGCUAUACGCAGUCAACAACUUUAGAUUUACACAUGCAAAUUUACAUACAAAGAUGUACGUUAUAACAUAUUGUAUAUACAGGACAAUAUUAUAUAUACGUUAUUGACAGAUAUCUGAUCAUUGGGUUAUACUGCAGUUGCGAUAGUUAGUCAUCUUCCAGUAGGUUACUUUGUAUUCAUGACAAUAUUUCUUUCACUUGUUUAUCAACCAAUUGUGCAUGUUUUUGUCUUCAAUGGGUUUUAGCCUAUUGAAAAUGAAUGCAAAAACAUUGAGACCUAUUUAAGCGUGUGUACAAAUUGUCUCAAUACGAGAAAUUAUAUAUUCAUACAAAUAUGUAAACGAUACACAUCCAAAAUGGACAUAUAUUUCAAAACAAUAAAUAAAUUUGAAGCUACGCGUCUUAAUUAACUUGAUCAUUUUACUGAUAAGAAAACAUAAUGAUAUAAAAUUAAAGGAACAAUCAUCGUGCAAUUAUUUAUUUUAAUAGGAUAUUUCAUAAUGCUGUUAACACAAGUGACAUGAGUAAGAUGCAUGUUUACAUUUUUAUCAAAUGAAGAAUGUAAUUAGCAUAAACGUUUUUGUUUUACAUGUAUACACAACAAGGUAGGUUAUAUUAGCUUCUAAUGUCGCCAAGUUCUUAAAUUUGAAACUAUUUUCAAGAUGUUCAUGCACUUAUGUUGCAGUGCUCUAUAUAUCAGCAUGCAUACGUCAUAUUGUUAGCAUAUAGAUAAUAUAUAUGGUUGUGCACUGAAUCGUGCUCAAAUGUUAAAAUAUUUCCAUUGUUAUUUUUGUGAUUUAUCUGUUAGAAUUAGAUCCUGAAUGCUGAAACAUGUGUAUUCUUUUAACUAAGCCAACAUAUUUUAAAGACAAUUCGUUUACUUUUCAAAUUUGGGUAAGUAGGCAGAAAUAUGCAUUCAACGUAAUCAGAAUUAUGAAAAAAGUGAAUUUUAUGUUUCGAGGAACAUAUCAAAACCAGUUAACACAUCACCAGGCGACAAGAAAAAAUAUACAUGUUUUAGUUAAAAUAUAUACAUGUGUAAAUAGGUAGAAUAUCAAACUGUUUCAUGGCGUAAUGGACAUUUCGAAAAAUAAAGAACAUACUAGUAUUUUGAUAGCUGACAGGUUUACUGUAAGUAAUGCUGACGGAAAUGUUAUAUUUAUUUUUCUUAUAGAACGGUAGGUUUACUUGCUUUCCGCGAAUUUAGAUAUGUAGUUUUACUUCGCCAAAACACAGAUACAUCUUAACAGGGAAAUAGCGUUAUUUUUGUACCUGUAUAAAAUUCAGUAUGUAUCAGACUCCAUUAAAAUUGCAGGGUCUGUGCGUAUUUCAGCCAAUAUGCUGAAUGAACACGUUUUGUAAUUCAUUCACUUUGAGAUUGAUUAAACUAAAAGCAAAUAGCAUUUAACAGAGCCUUGUAGUUAAUGAAGAUUGUUCUAAUUACACUAACAUAAUAGUUAUUGAAAGAUGCUUUUUUAACUUUAACAUAAAUUAUAUAAUAUGAAAGUAGAAAAAAUGUACCUCAGAUAAAUAUCAAUCAUAAAAUACAGUUAGGUUACUUUACGUUAGAAUACGUUUACAACUGCUUUAAAGUUAAUUACAUGUAUUACAACAUUUUAGAAUCGAUUUCUUCGCUGCCAGGUAAAUCAUUUAGAGAUGGUCGGUGGUUCUACUGGAUGCCUGUCCAUGUCUGAAAUAUGAUCGGAGAGACAUCUCGUGUUUUCCUUCACACUUGAAAAUAAGCAUGCCUACAUUAUGAUAAACGUAUUUUAAGCAUCUGGUUAACACGAAAUGAAGACCUAGUCAAACCGGGUUUGUCUUAAGGCAAAGCGUAAACAAAUGCGAUCCUUCUCGUUAAGUAAAACAAAUUGUUCAUUUGUGAUAUCCGUUGUUAUGAUAUACUGUUGUAAAAUAUAUUACGUUUACAUUGUACAAAAAAUAAUAUUGCUCUUUUGUGAAAUUCUGAUUUGACUUUAUGUUAUUUUGUUAAACUUUUGUCGCAUUUUUAUGUUUGAAAGAUUAUUUCACAUGUUGUUAAAUCAAAGUAAAUCAAUUUUAUUCUGUAAAAUGUACUUAAAUGUGAAGUUAAUUGUGACUUUUGUCCGAUAAUAUUACUUUGUGCAGGUAGUUAAAUUAGAUAUAAUCGUGGAGGUUUUUUAUUUCCUGAACAGAUAUUAAUGAUAUGCAAGAACAAAAUAAAAUGUAGCAGUAUG